AUGCAGUUCCUCACUCUCGCUACCCUUUUCUUCGGCUCUGCCUUCGCAGCCAAUCCUCAACUCGAAGGCCGCGGCACCAAGUCCGUCUGUUCUUCUGUCGGCUCAUGCGUCGCCAAAGCAGGCAACGCUGCGGCCAUCACCUCCUUCUGCGACCGUCACAACGGCGUUCCCACCACCACAAUCUUCUCCGGCACCUCGACAUUCACCUACUCGGAGAACUGCGGUACCGAAUUGCAGCCCUCGGCGUCCAGGAACCAUCACCACGCCCGCGCCGUCCCUACUGCGCCCAGCUGGGAGGCGCCCGAGUGGGUGAAGCGUGACGCCGCCGCCAUCACGCCGCUUGUGCAAGCUCCUGAGAAGCCGCGCUGCUUGAAGAAGCUCUUGGAUGGACACCUUUCGAAGGCUUGUUCCUGCUUCACUGACAGUACCGUCACUGUUACUUCGCCCGCGAGCGUCGUCUCGUCGACUGUGUACUACUGUUACUAG